AGCCGCCCUCUUUCCCAGCAGAGGUGGGUGUGUCACAGAGAAGGAGCAGAGUACAACAACACUGUCAGAGGCUCAGGAGAGACAAGCUGGUACAGACGCUGCACAAGACAGCAGAGAUAAGCGUGUCACAGAGGAGGGACAGAGUACAACACAACACAACACUGUCAGAGCCUUAGGACAGACAAGCUGCUACAGGAAGUUGCACAAGACAGAUAUACAGUAUCCAGCAACCAAUGGAAUACACCAUCAUCUGACACAGUACAAGAGCAAACCACAGGUUCCACUCAAACAUUUGACCUCAUGUCAGAGCCUCCUAAGUGCUGCAUCUGUCUGGAUGAGUUCACCAGACCUGCUUCCCUCCCCUGUGGACACUGCUUCUGCCUGGGCUGUAUCGGCGAAUACUGGAGGAUCAAUGGGGCCUGUCAGUGCCCCCUCUGCAAGGCCUUUUUCCCCACCAGGCCACAGCUCAAAACAGACCAAACACUACAUGCUGGUGCCCCAGCCGAGGAAGCAGCUGUGCCUUUAAAAGCCGGAGAGGUUCCCUGUGAUUUCUGCCCAGCGAAGCGUAGAGCAGUAAAGUCCUGCCUGAAGUGCCUGGGAUCAUACUGUGCCGCUCAUCUGGAGCCUCAUUACCAGAGUGAAGAUCUUGGGCGCCAUCUUCUGAUCAGUGUGGUGAAGAACCUGGAGGACUCUGUGUGUCGACUGCAUGGGAAGCAGUUAAACAGGUUCUGCAGGAGUGAUCGAACGUGCGUCUGUGACGUGUGUGCCCAGACAGAGCACAGGGGCCAUCACAUUAUAUCUAUCAACAAGGAAGCUACAAAGAGGAAGUUCAAACUAAAAUGGAGAAGAAUGAAACUUGAACAAGCCAUUCAAGAGAGACUGAGUAAAGCUGAGAAGAUCAAGCUCUCUGCAGACCUGAGUGGAGAAAAUCAAAAAGAGGCAUGGGCACAAAAUAAAGACCUCAUCAGACGGCUGGAGGAAGAAAUCUCGGAGCUGCAGAGAAGGAACACUGAGCUGGAGCAGCUCUCACAGACCGACGACGACCUCCACUUCCUGCAGGUCUGCGUGAAGCUUGAGAGUCCACUUCACAACUACCACUGAUCCUUCAGUGCAGCCUCUUGUGCUUCCUCUACAGAGAUUUCUACACACUGCUUCGUAUUAACGAUUGGACAAAUAUGUUCAGGAUUCACCUUCAAGAGCACUGAAAUAACGUUUUUUCUUUUUUUUCUUCAAAUGCAGAAUACCUUGGACAGUGUGUUUGGUUCAAAUGAUUAGUUUGACAUUUUGGGAAACACACGUAUUUACUGACAUGACCCCCACAUCUGUCCAUUAAAUCCGAGGCUACAGCCUGUUUGUUUAGUUUAGCAUAAACACACUCUAUACUGUUUGUUGCCAGGCAGGGGAGACAAAACUCUCACGAAAAGGCGUAAUGUCGUUUUUUCACAUUGGUUAAUGAAUGGAGUAAUUAGUGUAGGAGAGACUUUGUGACCUUACAGAGCCAGGCUAGCUGUCUCCAGGGGCGUGUCCAAGGAUUGGCCUGGGCCACACCUGAAAUCCAGUUGGCAACCCUGGUGCCACCCCAUUAUCCUAUGUUAUAACGAGCCUUCUGCCUGGUAGGUGGCCCUAAGGCUGAAAUAUUUAAGUUUUGUUGGUACUUCAUCGGUACUGUGACCAUUUACUUUUCAGCUCUGCACUUUUUGGGUAAGUAGGCUAUGAUACGGUGCUUAUUAAGGUUGCUUAGCAACUUAAGACGCAAGCUGCCGCUGUGCUCUUGAAAGCUGGCACAAAAAAGGCACAAAAGUAGCGCCCAGCGCCCGACCUCGUGUUUUCCAGACAGUUAAGACACAGCAGGAGUACAUCCCCUAACAUCCAGGCGAAGCUCCUGGACCAACUGAUGGUACUUCCUGUGGUUUCUCCUCUUUCUGAGUCAAUGUACCCACACAGAUCUCAGUUUCCUUGUGACCAAUGUACUACUCAGGAAUAGCCUCUCACCUUCAAUCAGAGCCAGAGCAAGUGCCCUGCACCCAUGCAUAUUUUUAUGCAGAUUUAAGAUACAGAUCUGUGAGUUCACUUCACAGCAAAAUUGCAAUUGAUUUGAUGGUGUCCUAGCAAUUAAAAAGAUGCAGCAAGCUGCAAAAGCACUCUGUCUGAUCGAGACCUGAAAGAAUAAAGUAUAAAAGCACUGUAUUACAAUUUAAAACAGAGAAAUGUAAGAAAAUGUAAGAUACUGUGAUGUCGAUAAAGAAAAUAUGAGUAGUGAAGACAGAAAUGGUAAAUUACUGGCAUUCUGCCCCACUUGGACCAUCCCAGGCAAAUAGUCUGGACACACCACUGGCUUUUUCGCAGACCCUCCAGUUUUUGUGCUAAGCUAAGCUAACUGGCUGCUGGUCAUAGCCUUAUAUUUAAGGGACAAAGAUGACAGCAGUAUUGAGCUUCUCAAAUAACUCCUCUAGACAGUGAAUAAACGUGUUUCUCAAAAUGUCACAGUUUUGCUUUUACAGAUUCAUGUUUAAAGAAACAGUCAACCUCAAAGACAAAUCGCUUAAAUCCAGUAGGUUUAAAAGCCUCAGCUUGAUCCAGGAAGUGACCGCUGACUCAUUUUGAAUGUAUUGAAUGAAUGUAAUUUAUGCCUGACUGGAUGAUGUGAUUCAUUUUAAGGAUAAUGAGCUUGCAGGCGGUACAAUACGUCAGCAUUUGAAUGUUUAAUUUUUUUUCCUUUUUGCACAAAUGAAUAAAACACUGUAUUUUUGCAAAACCAUAUCACAGAUGCAUUUUUAAAUAAA